GAUACAUACAGCCAAAAAAGAGACGAAAGCUCGGUGUUUUCGAGAGGCAAUUUUGGAGGGCAAAAAGAGAGGGGCAAGAUCAACCUUACGGGUAGUGACGGUGCGGCGAGCAACUUGGUCAUGAUCAUGGCUAUCUAUAUAUGUUUCGUGAAGCCGGAGUUUGUCGUAUACGCCUCUUUCUUCAUAAAAGCUUUCAAACCCCACCAUCGCGAUCAUGGAUGACUGGGAAAUAGACCAAAUCGCCGCUGACAACCCAGCCUUGACUGCGCCUGCCGCUCAACGGGUUCCGAUAAACCGUCAAAGAUCGUACAACCGGACGAAACUAUCUGGGCCGUCAUAUGAAGCUUCCAAAGAUACACAAAAGCCCUUGAAUCUAACAAAGUAUGAUGUUGGAUGGCGUAGGAUAGUCAGGAACUUCUCUCCGUCUUGGUUCUCUGUCACUAUGGGUACUGGAGUUGUCUCCUUGCUACUCUUUGCCAUUCCUUUCAAAGCAGAUUGGCUGUACUGGCUCGCCGUGAUAUUCUUCAUACUCAACACCAUUUUAUUCUCAUGCGCUUUCGCUAUCUCUGUACUACGUUACUCACUAUACCCGGCGAUCUGGAAUGUCAUGAUUGCCGAUAGUGUGAACUCCCUCUUCCUAGGUACGAUUCCGAUGGGGUUUGCUACACUCAUCUCAGCCUGGUGCAAUAUAUGUAUCCCAUCUUUUGGUCCUUGGGCAGUCACAUUCGCUUGGGUUUGUUGGAUUAUUGACUCAGUGGCGGCUGUGGCCGUGACAAUAUCUCUCACAGUUAUGUUGAUAUCGGCAUCUCACCGACAAGCUUUGGACCGCAUCACCGCCGCUCAACUGCUACCCAUCGCCGCCUCGAUCGUCGCUGCUAGUACAGGUGCCAGGGUUUCUGAGCAUUUAACCAGUCCAGAGAAGGCCCUUGGAACGAUACUUGCGUCCUACAUUAUGUGGGGAAUGGCAACUCCUCUAGCCAUGACUGUGCUAGUUAUGUAUUACACACGUCUGGCUCUUCACAAAUUACCGCCUCGAGAGAUCAUCGUCUCGUCUUUUCUACCACUGGGACCUCUAGGAAUGGGCGGAUACGCCAUCACCUAUCUCGGAUCAGUGAGCCGUAAGAUCUUUCCACAAACGGAGCUCUUUUUCGACCUACCUGUCGCAGGCGAUGUCUUUUUCGUCCUCGGAGUCUUUAUAGCUCUAAUCAUGUGGGCUUUUGGUCUCACAUGGCUUUGCUUUGCACUUGCAUCCAUCUACAAAUCUCGGCCCUUUCCGUUCAACAAUGGCUGGUGGGGUUUCACUUUCCCUCUUGGAGUCAUGGCCCUCAGUACGAUGGAGUUUGGAGUCAUUUUCCGAAGUUCAUUCUUCGAGGUGCUUGGAACAAUAUUUGCAGUUGCUGUGAUACUGCUUUGGUGCGUGGUAGCUGUGGGAACAAUGAGAGGUGCUUGGGAUGGAAGGCUAUUCAACGCACCUUGUCUCAAGAACCUUCCGAAGAAAGAAGAUGAUACAUCACAAGAGGAGGCAGAGAGGGAAAAGGGGCUGCCAAGAUCUUAAAACACAGUAUCCAUACGUAGAAACGCGGACAGUAAAACAGCGUUCUAUACACAGAAGGUUUACCCACAUUCUACGUAGUCUCAACGCCCGAAGAGACGGUUCUAAUAUACAUCUCAG